AUGUCUACAAAUACUGGAUUACCCCCUGGAUGGACUAUUAGAGUCUCGCGCACCCAUAAUAAAGAAUAUUUCUUGAAUCAACUGACAAAGGAAGCAUCAUGGGAACCCCCCUUUGGAACUGAUAAUGAAAAGUUAAACGAUUAUUUAAAAACCUAUAAGAACAAUGGUAAUAAGGCUGUAGUUGGUGAAGAUUCAAAGAUUCGUGCUUCUCAUAUUCUUAUUAAAAAUGAAACAUCACGUAAACCUAGAUCAUGGAAAUCAGAUGAAAUUACCAGAUCCAGAGAUGAAGCUAUUCAACUUGCUAAAAAACAUCAAGCUAGAAUAUUGAAUGGUGAAGCUACAUUCACUGAGAUUGCUGAAACUGAAAGUGAUUGUAGUAGUCAUGUUAGAGGAGGAGAUUUAGGCUUUUUCACUAAAGAAAGUAUGCAACCAAGUUUUGCUAAUGUUGCCUUUGGUUUACAUGUAGGUGAAUUAAGUGAUGUAGUUGAAAGUGAUAGUGGAAUCCAUCUUAUUCAAAGAACUGGUUAG